AUGGAAGCGAGCACUGUGGGAACUGCUAUACCUCAUGAGCCAUCUUCAGCGUUUGAUCCAGAUCGCGAAAUGAAGGAUCGUAAAUUGGUCCAAAUAUUCAAAAAAUUACACAUGGAACAGGAUUUGAAUACGCUGUUGGAUUUUGAUGACACUGUUUCUCGCCCAUCAAAAGCCGCCUUAAAUCAUACAGAGGAAUUAAGCACGGACAAAGUUGAACGUUGUCGACCACGUAAAAUACUCGAUUACGCUGUACUAGCGAAAGGACAAGGCUAUCAUAAUAAUCUUGUGGGGUCUUUUGCAAGUAGCUAUUCAGAUACAGGUGGAUCCAAUAAAAGUGCUGCUGGCUCCAAACGAAUACGCUUUCAAAAAGAUCGAUUUGAUAAUAACAGCUCAACGCCCAGUGUCAAACGGCGUUCGCGUGGCCAACAUACGUCCGUCCAAAAAAAGAAUGUCAGAUCGCGGCGAUUUACAUUUCCACCGGCAGCAAAUGGUGCCAGGAAAAAAGAAGCAUCAAGGUCACGAAGUUUUGCUUGUGGAACCAAAGGAGGUAUCCUAAAAAGACGUGUGAAGGAUGCAAACAAUAUCAAGCAAACAUUUCUCAUUUCGAAAAAAGUACUAGACAUUCAAAAUCAGCAUUUUAAAGAAUUCAUGCUUCCUGAAAAAUGGAUCAAGGAAUCACAGAAAAGAAAAAAAGUGAAGAAAAUGAAAUCUGGAGGAGAAGAGAGCACCAGUAGUGUAUCUGUUGAGGAUUUGGCAAUGGAGCGCCUCGUAAGAGCUUUUAAAACCGCAAAACUUUUAUAUCCCGAAAAAUUUGCUGAGUAUUUUCCAGACUUCAUGCAUUGUUUUCAAUCAGAUGAUAACAAAGAAAAGCAGGGUAACAAAAAUGGUGUUAUGCUGAAGCAAACGCAGAUUAAAACCAUCAAAAGAGAAGAAGAUGCUGUAACAUCCGACAAAAAUAUUGCAUCGGAAUCUAGCGAUGAUCUGCCAAGAAGAAUUCGUAAGAUGCCGAAAAUUUUACGAGAAUACUCAACAGGUGUUGAAAUAGCAAGCAAAAAGUUAGCUAGUUUGAAGAAACAAAUACCAUCAGUGACACAAAAGAUUCCGCGUAUUCGUGGUCCUUUAGCGGGUACCUCGGGACUUCGUAAGCGAUCUAAAACAUCAACAGAUUCAUCGCCGAAUCAAUCAAUGCUUUUUAAAUCUCAGCAAAAUGAAAAAGCAGAAAGUGCCAAAGAAGUGGAAGAUUCAGAAGGGAUGGACGGAGUUCCGACACUGAAGAGACGAAAGCGUGCUAAGAGUGGUGCUAAGAUUUCGUUACCUAGUGCAACACUGAAAGCUGCAAGUGUAAGUGCAGCGCUUAUCCAGAACAACAUUGAAGAUAGUGCAACAGAAUCUUCAUCUGAUGAGUCAGGCAACGUGCGUUCAUCAAAGAGACAACGAGCUCAAAGUGGUUUUUACAAGUAA